UCAACUUAUCUUGUCUGAAAAGUCACAGUUUCCACAUUCAAGAUGUAACACAAGCUAAGUUCAUUCAAAGAUUUUUUUUAAGAAGUUAGUAGUGAUGAAUGUGUUUGUUGAUGACCGUUUAGUAUCAAAGAAAAGUUGGAAAUCUCUGAGCCAAUCAUGAUGGAUGGGAGUAAAGACGUGGAAGGUCACUCGCAAGACAAAUCUGAAGCUAAAGACAACACUUCUACACAGGUAUGUGAAGAGAAAGCUGAAGACAAUUCCGGUACCAUCUUGAGUGAUCCAGCAACUGCUGAAAAUGGAGAAAUCUCCGAAGAAAAAAAAUCACUGGUUGAAAAUGACAUUCCAGACGAUCCAUUUUUGAAACCUCCGGAUGACUUACAAGCCAGGAUCGAAGCGUUGAUUGACAAGCGUUUAGCUGAAUCCCAAAAAAGGGAACAAGACUUGAGAGAAAACAAAAAAACAGCUUAUGAGUUUUCAUCUGAGAAAGUUUUUAGAGGUAAAUUUCUCGAGCCGAUUCAUGAUGAACACGGGGACAUUAUAGGUUACAAAAACCCUCUUCACAUCGGACACCUUGAUCUCAAAGUGGGCCAAGUACUCAUGGUCGGGCGUCACCCAAAACCAUCCAAGGGACGUCGUUACGUCGAAACUAUCAGCAUUAAUCCAAAUGUCAAACUAUCUAAUGAUUUUAUGGGAUCUUUGGAAGACGUACAAAAAAUAAAGGAAGAAAGAAGAUUGGUUGUAGAAAGUGGCCUCAGUAAACGAUACAGCUCACUAGAUUUGGAAAAUCUAAAAAUAGUUGUUUUAUGCAAUCCCAAACCUUUUACAAGCAGGGGAGUCGAGUCAAAAGUUGUUGUACUUUGUGCAAAGAAGGGGGAUGAAAUAGAACUUCUCCAGGCACCCAGAAAAGCACAACUUGGAAGUUCGAUCCAUGUAAAAGGGUAUGCGAAAAACCCACAAAAGCCUUAUGUUGUGAACGCAAAUGGACUUAUUGAAAAUGACUUAUGGGUAAAUAAAGACAAACAAGUGGUCUUUAAAGACAAGCCUUUACAAGUUGAAGGUACUGAAGGAUACAUUACCACACGUACUUUGAGUGAUUGCAGUGUGUCUAAUGUGAUGGGGUACGACUUUAUCUAGUGAGAACAUGUUUUGUACAAUAUCUUGAGAUACGUUUGGCGAAACUGUUCAGUCAAAGUUCCUGGUCCCAUUGACUUCCGCAGAUUUGACAUCAGAAUUGCUCGCAUCCAUCAUAUAUUUCCAAUGGAGAAGUUCAUCGAUGGCUGUACCAACAACAUGCAUAAUAUGCAUUAUUAUAAAGGACCUGAAGACGACCUUGAUAUGGAUAUUAAACUAGUUAUAAAUGACGUGGCAAAGCACUAUCCAGAAGAUGCUCUCAUUGACAAAAUGGUGGUGAUGCUCUGCAACUGCUUCGUAACUGAAAUCGAUCAGUUUAAGAACAGAGGAAAGUUUCUCUGUGCAGUUUCGGGAGAUAAGGUAGAGUUGUUGCUACCCCCGCCUGGUGGAUCAGAGGGGGAUGAGGUGAUAGUGGAUGGUUUCCCCAGAGACCCUGAUGAACCCUUCAUGAUGCCCCACGAGCAUGCGUUCGAACUCGUCUCUCCGGACUUCAAGGUGGACUCCAGUGGUCAAGCUGUCUACAAAGACAUCCCUCUCAAGGUGGAAGGGAAAGGGAUCAUUAAAGCAGAAACUCUUUAUGACUGUCCAAUCAAAUUCCUCUGAAUGCUUUUGUAAUUUUCAUCGAGGUUAUCAUUAAAAAAAUUGGGAGCU